AGAGGGAAGACGCCCUCCUGCGCGGCCCCUUUAAGCGCCCCGCCCGGCCGGGCCAAUCAGCUGGGAGGUGACGUGUGCUGAAGGGAGGGGGAAUGGAGGCCGCCAUCUUUGCUGCGGGCAGCCGGCGCCUCUCCGCAGCCUGGCGCAGCCUGUGCCCAAGAUGGCGGCGGCGGCCUCUGGAGGGGCGGGCCGGGCGCGGGGGCCGUCAGGCUAGCUUCCGGCGGGGCUUCCGGGGCGCCGGUGCGGGGCCGGCGGGACGGGCGAGGAGCCUCUGCGUCACCGCCUUCGCCAUGUGGGGCCUGCCGGCCGUGCCGCUGCUAGUGAACGUGCUGGGCUCGCUGGUCGGCUUCGCGGCGACGGUGACGCUCAUCCCCGCCUUCAAGGAGCACUUCGUGGCCGCCCGGCUCUGCGGCCUGGACCUCAACAAGGCCUCCCGGCAGCCCAUCCCAGAAUCCCAAGGCGUCAUCAGCGGGGCCGUAUUUCUGAUCAUUCUCUUCUGCUUCAUCCCGGUGCCCUUCCUGAGCUGCUUUGUGGAAGAGCAGUGCAAGGCCUUCCCACACAAUGAGUUUGCGGCACUGAUUGGUUCCCUUCUUGCCAUCUGCUGCAUGAUCUUCUUGGGCUUUGCGGAUGACGUUCUCAAUUUGCGCUGGCGCCACAAGCUCCUUCUACCCACCAUGGCCUCCUUGCCGCUGCUCAUGGUCUACUUCACCAGUUUUGGGAACACCACCAUUGUGGUGCCCAAGCCGUUCCGAAUGUUGUUGGGCAUGCACCUGGACCUGGGCGUCCUGUAUUAUGUGUAUAUGGGCAUGCUGGCUGUGUUCUGCACCAAUGCCAUCAACAUUCUUGCUGGAAUUAAUGGGCUGGAGGCAGGGCAGUCGCUGGUGAUCGCUGCCUCGAUCGUCACUUUCAACAUCAUAGAAUUAAAUGGGGACUACAGAGAUGACCACACUUUUUCUCUCUACUUCAUGAUUCCCUUUUUCUUUACGACGUUGGGGCUGCUGUAUCACAACUGGUAUCCGUCCCGGGUGUUUGUUGGUGACACAUUCUGCUAUUUCGCCGGCAUGACCUUCGCUGUGGUGGGCAUCCUGGGGCAUUUCAGCAAAACCAUGCUGCUGUUCUUCAUCCCACAAGUGCUGAACUUCCUCUACUCCUUGCCUCAGCUCUUCCACAUCCUCCCCUGUCCGCGCCAUCGGCUGCCCAGAUUCAACCGUGAUACAGGCAAGCUGGAGAUGAGCUACUCCCGAUUCAAGCCCAAGAGCCUCUCCCCCUUGGGAGCAUCUAUCCUCAAGAUAUCUGAGCAGCUCCGUGUCGUCGACGUACAUCGGGGUGUGGACAAAGAUGGUGAAUAUGUGGAGUUCAACAACAUGACUCUCAUUAACUUUGUGAUAAAGCUUAUUGGACCAACCCCUGAGAGAACUCUGACUCUCUUGCUGCUGCUGAUACAAGUUGCCGGGAGCAUCGUUGCUUUUUCCAUCCGAUACCAGCUUGUACGGCUCUUUUAUGACAUCUGAACUGCUGCCAUCUUUCUCGGCAAGCAUCCGGGACAGGGACAGGUGCUGUGACUCGUUGCCCUUGGCAGUCAGCCUCCCCCAAAGAGCCAGAAGGCUCCUCUUGGAUGCUGGUCUUCAGGGCUGGGUGGUGCUUCUGGUGGAGUUUUCAGUGUAUCCUCUUGGAGGCAUGACCUGCUCAGGUGGCACUUUUUCUACACUGGCAAAUACUGAAAUGUGCACAGCACUGUAGGGGAGAAUGAAACGGAUCUGGGUGCCGACUGCUGCUCUCCUGCAAGCACCGUCCCGCUUGCUGUGCCUACGGACAGGGCCAAGCAAGCCAACACCGUGGCACAGGGCUGCCCCGGCUGGAACGCCUGCCUCACCUGCUGUCAGUCUUCUGCUCGGAGGACACCCUUCCUUCGUGUUUUCACCCUGUUUUUCCUGUCCUCCGCCACUUUGCUCAGUGGGAAGUAGUGCCAAGAGAAGAUUGUUUGGGCAGGGAUCCAUGGCUAACUUUGAAUAAAACCCUUACCGCCAAAGUCCAGUGGUACCCAAGCACCAACUGUGUGGGCUUGACAUACUAGGAGAGGGUGUGGACUCUGCCCUUCGGUUCAUACCCUCACUGCCUACAGGGCUGGCUCUAAAGGGGGACAUGCUGGGGGGGAGGGGGUGAAGCAGUGUAGAAACAAACAGCAGCAAGGAGGCAGAGGACCGGCUGCCCCCCGUCCGGUUGACCCAGCCAGGAUUGACCUCUGCCUGCCCUGCCUGCCGCUGUGCCGGGGCGCCUUCUGCGUGACUGCCAUGUCCUCCCCACAGCAGGCCGCUUCUUGCACCCUGUUGUGCUUGCUGGGUUACUGGCUGCUUUGGCUACAGAAUGGAGUGGUGAACAGGCGCUGCACUUUCAGGAGCGAGGGCGCAUGUUGUCGGCAAGAAGGGCGUCCGGUGGGAGUCUCGGAGCCUUCUGGGCCUGGCCUGGGCCUCUGCAAGGCAGCGAAGCUUGAGGAAGAGUGACAGGUGGGGGUGUUAGUAGGCAAACAACGCCCAGGCCUUGGAAAAGACGUCGGGUGGCUUGUCAAGAGUUGUGGGACGUGCACUUGGAGGGCCUUCCAAAGCGUGUGUGUUGCCAAACAGCCCUUUUCCCUUUUGAGAGAUGGAAAUCUACCUCCCCCCUAUUCUAACCAGCAAGGGUUCAGUGCGGUACAAAAUAAAUAUUCUACCCCUUU